AUGAAAGAACUGCAGCCGAUGGUGCUGCUGGCGACCCUGCACCUGCCGCGGCCGCCACCAACGCUGUCCUCCGAGGCACAGCUCCUUGUGCCCCUACCAUCACCACCUGCGUUGCCACACCCUGUACCACACCCGCCAGCAUCCUCCUCCUCCUCCGUGCCGGUGCCUCCACUACAGACGCUACCUUGCAGCACAUCAACAGGUCACCUGGGUCAGAGCAGCUGUCAGUCAGAUGAGUUCCUGUGUGGGAACGGGAAGUGUCUCCCUCGCUCCUGGAAGUGCAACGGUCAGGAUGAAUGUGGCGAUGCGUCAGAUGAACGCAGCUGUUCCCCCCCUCCCACGGAGGCGCGGCCUGGCCUCUGCCCCCCCGGCUCCGUCCCGUGCACCGAGGCCCAGUCCACCCGCUGUCUGCCCCCCGCCCUGCGCUGCAACGGGGCCCGGGACUGUCCCGAUGGCACAGACGAGCACGGCUGCCCCGACACCACCUGCGGAAAACGUCUGAGGAACUUCUACGGCUCCUUUGCCUCCCCAGACUUUUUCCGGGCCAACAGGAGCUCUGUGGCUGAGCUGAGGUGUUCGUGGUGGCUGGACACCCAGGACCCCAAGCCCAUCGUGCUGCAGCUGGACCUGCAGCUGGGCCCCGGGGACUCGCUGCAUGUGUACGACGGCCUGCUGCAGCGCGCAGAGCACCUCCUGCAGGUGCUGUCUCAUCACAACAACCGGCGCCCGGCACUGCUAGAGUCCAGCCGGGGACAGAUGAGUGUUCUGUACAUGGCCCAGCCUCACAGCCCAGGACAUGGAUUCAACGCCACAUACCAGGUCAAAGGUUACUGUUUUCCCGGCGAGCGUCCCUGUGGCAGCGAUCAGGGCUGCUACUCUGAGCGCCAACACUGCGACGGUUACUGGCACUGCCCAUCGGGCCGCGACGAGGAGGCCUGCCCGACCUGCCCCGACGGAGAGUUCCCCUGCGAGGGAGGAACUGGGGUCUGCUACCCAGCCUCUGAGCGCUGCAACAACCAGAAGAGGUGUCCAGAUGGGUCUGACGAGAAGAACUGCUACAACUGCCAACCUGGAAACUUCCACUGCGGGACCAACCUGUGCAUCUUCGAGACGUGGCGUUGUGACGGCCAGGAGGACUGCUUGGACGGCAGCGAUGAGAGGGACUGUCUGGCAGCCGUGCCCAGGAAGGUGAUCACAGCUGCCCUGAUCGGGAGCCUCGUCUGCAGCCUCCUGCUGGUCAUCGCCCUCGGCUGUGCCCUCAAACUCCACUCCCUCAGGAGCAGAGAGUACAGAGCUUUUGAGACUCAGAUGACUCGCAUGGAGGCCGAUUUUGUUCAGAGAGAGGCCCCCCCUUCGUAUGGCCAGUUAAUCGCCCAGGGUCUCAUCCCUCCGGUGGAAGAUUUCCCCGUGUACAACCCCACCCAGGCGUCCGUGUUACAGAACCUGCGUCUGGCGAUGCGCAGGCAGAUCAGACGUCACUCCACGCGACGCUCCACCUCCUCUUCCUCUCACCGACGUCUCGGGCAUCUAUGGACUCGCCUGUUCCGCAGUGGGGGGCGAACCAGAGGGAAUGCCCCUCUGCUGGACUCCCCUGGACCCACACAGAUCACACUGGGGCUCCACAGCUACCAAACUGUGGGUGCGCAGUUGCCCAGGAGCUGGGCUGUGGGACAGGCUCGAUGGGAACAGGUGGAUGCAGUGGGGUCCCGGCGCUCUGUAACCAGGACCCUGCAGUCCUGCACGUCAGAGAGCCCCGCAUCACCUCUGUCCUUGCAGUCUGCAGACAGCCCAGAGGACGUGCUGUCACCAGUCAGCAGGGAGAGCAGCAGGUGUCCACAGUCAGAGCCCCCCACACCUGUCCAGAGGGACUCUCUAACUCAUAGCGGGCGCCCCACAGAUCCCCAGGAAGCCUCUGUGCCUCCAUGCAACAUCCGCACAUCAAGGAAACUUGUUCUGGAGCUCGCUGUUAACCUGAAUGGUGUUUCCUUGAGACGAUACUCCCCCUUGGGGCCCUUGUCCCCUAUCUCACCCCCUGUGUUUUCUAGCAGAUCCCAGACCGCCACAACAACUCACCCUCACCCCCAGGGACCAGAGGUGACGUCACCCUCCGAACCCUCAUCUACUUCUGUGAAAGCAGACGACAGCCACUUUACUGUGGAAGUGCCAAGCAGGGAAAUAAGGAGCAGGGAUAAGAGGAGGAGUAGAGAGGGCAAAGGCAGAACCUUUAGUGAUGAGGGAGGAAAUUCAGGGAGGGAAACAACGCCAUGCUGAGGAGUUAGGGAGGUACCCUCCUUCCACUCUCUCGGCUGAGACCUGCUCUCAUCAAUAUCUGCUAAAGUGACCUUGAGAUGAAUUCCUAUCAGAUCCAGAGGUGAGACCUGUACCUUAGCCCAAUUCAGUCAAAUAUAAUUAACUUGUGUCUAUUCACUUUAAAAAUCUGCAUAUGCAUAUGUGUAAGAUUAUAAACCAGCAUUAGUAGUGCUUAUGGUCUUUGUUGUGCAGUUUAUAUUUUUGUCAAGGAGCUUAAAGGGAUAGUUUGGAUGUUUUGAAAUAGGGCUGUUUUAGGUACUUAUCGAUUUUGAGUGUAUAAUCUUUUGAAGUUGGUGGAUGUCUAUCUUAAAAGUCCAUCCUAAAAUAAUCUGGGGGUUCCUGAGGUUGUUAUCCCUGCUAUCUUCAAAGCCACCAUACUCCAUUGACCAAAACAGUAUUCUUUACCUUGUAGAACGCGUAAGCUGCUAUUGUGCUAUUAUCUCGAAAGGUCAGAUUCACCAAAGUCACACAAUAGCACACAAUGACUUAGUGAUCGGGAGAGUGGAAGACCAGCAACUUUAUUUCUCUAUGAGCAAAAUAUCAGUUUCUGUCAAUGGAGUUUGGUGGUUUGAGUUAUUUGUCGAAAACGUUCUAAAUAUUGGUUAGACUUAAACUGAUAUUGAAUGUAUUCUAUGGUUUAUGUUUUAGGUGGUUAAAUAUAACUAAUCAACCCCAAAAUCCCAACUAAUGUUGAUUCCCUUUUGGGACAUGACCUCGUCAGGAGCCCUGUUCCAGAAAAAUCGAAACUCAAUUCUGGCCACCAGUACCAAUUGAAUAUUAGCUACAUGUUCUUACAACGCCAAAGCAGUCUUUGUGUCGUUACCCAGAGCCAUUUUGCACCGCUAUAUACUGUGAACCAAAAAAGCCUGUUAAGUGAUCACAAAUGAAUUUUCCUUGCUUCAUGGCCCUCCAGUCUGUCUUAUUCCCACUUUAAUGUAGAGGUAGUGUUAUUAUCAGAAGUUCACGGUAGGCUGUUGCAUAUCAGGUGAAAGCUGGUGAUAUUGUCCGUUUUUCGUAUAGUCGAUAAAUCAAAUGAAAGACCAAUAUGAGCACGUCCAUUUCUAAAUGCUUUAUGACUUCACCAGACCUUUGUGAUGGAUAUUUAAAUGUUUUAAAAUGCUAAAUAGUUUUCUUAAACGUUUUCAGGAAAAAUCGCAUUUGUUUGAGACUAAUUUGGGCUGAAAUAGUGUUGCUCAUUUAUGUGUUUUAGAUAGACUACUACGAAGCUCUUUGACAUUGAGGAAUACGCUUUUAUACUUGUUAGUAUACACUUAAGCAAUAGCUCACGACAGGCCGUGGUAUAUGCUCAUUAUAUCACAGCUAAGGGGCGUGGUUCGGCCUGACGCGAAGCUAUUGAGGAAGUUAUUGCUUAAGUAUAAUAUAGGCCUACAUUGAGUAUAUUGGUCUUUUCACAGGAUUUUUGAUAAUACAAAAAAUAAAUAAAGCCAGACCUUUCACUUCCAUUGGCAAGGAUGAACAUUUUUGGAAAUACGUUCAUUUGCUUUCUAUUGGAGAGUUGGAUGAGUAGAUAGAAACCACUCUAAUGCCUGUCCGUAAAACAUAAGGCUACAUCUAGCAGUUGGUUAGCUUAGUCUAGUUUGGCCUAAAUUCUGGAAACAGCUAGCCUGGCUCUGUCUGAAGUUAGCGGGUGAGCUUUAACGGCCCUUUGUGGCAGUGUCUCACCUUCAGAAGGAGCCAUGCUGUCUGUUAUUUUAAGUUUACAGUAUUUAUGAUAAGCUAUGCUAACCGGCUAACCCUUGUCCAUAAGGAUAUGCAAUAUGUGGUAUCAAUCCUUCAUAUGAGUACAUAUUAGCGUAAUUACCAAAACCCUUUUUUUUUUUUACAAUGCAGUUUCACAGAAUAAUUCAAUCAUGCCAAAUAUUUGUCCGUUUUAAUUUAACAUAUGCUGUACAUUUCUUCAGUUAUACUUAAUUUACCCUCUUCGAACUUAAAAAAUGGUUUCACUACGUUUAAGAAAAUGUUAUCAAACUGAUUUUUCAAUUCAGAUUUUUCAAUUAAGCCUUUUCAACUUGACAUCAUCCGUUUUGAAACCAAACUUGAAUGGAAACUGAGGUAAAGAGUCCAAGAACCUGUAACUCUGCUCACCCCUCACCCCCCUCUAAUCAAACAUACACUCCUCUCAAGGAAGCCUUUCCUCACUUGAAUGAACGUGACUGUUUCGGAGGCAGUGUCUACGAUUUUAUGUGAAUGUGUCGGGAACAGUAGCUUGACUUCAGAAAAUUUAUUGUUUGUCGAGUCGUCUUCAUCCCAGCGGUACCUCUGCAGCACUGCAGACCUGCUGACUGCUGACGCCUGCUUUAUUACACUGGAAAUUCAUAUCUAUGCUGUGGACAUUUCUAUGACAGGAUAUGAUAAAAGGCGUCUAUUUUUCAGUCUUCAAUGAGGACCUCUAUUCCUACUUUAUAUUUCUCUUUCUGUCUUGACAAACAUUGAACUUGAUUGGACAUGAUCGCUUGAUGUUUUUCUGUGAAUCUUUUCUCUGAGGUGACCCUGGUGACGUUUACUAAUUACUGUUGCGCCUCUAAAGAAUGUAUCACUUCCAUUGUUUCUUGAAAUGCAUUUAUCUCUCUUUUACUGCAGGAUAUUGCUACUGAACAGGUACUGAACAAGUCAGAUAACUUGUGUGAAGAGGCAGAGUUAGAGAAAUGACAGAAAGCCAAAUGCUGAUUGUUUUAAAAGCAGCACUGUCAGGGUUCCGUACUAAAAAACAUUGUCUUGCAAGUUAUUUUUUUUACUUUAAAGAGAUAGUUUGGAUGUUUUGAGGUGGAGUUACAUGAAGUUCUUAUCCAUAGUGAUUGUAUUGCCUCGAUCGAUGAGUUUGUUUUGUUAUAAUGCAAAUUAGGGGAGAUUUGAACGAGCCUUUUUAAAACACCAAAGUACGCAAUUUACAGACUAAAGAUAAAUGACUCAUACAACUCCACUAAAAACAUCUAAGCUGUCCCUUUAAGUGACUGAAUGUGCCAUGCUACCCCAUGUCCGUCCAUCUUAAAGAGAUUCUUUUUCAUAAACAGCUGCUAAAUGUUAUGUGCCAUUAGAGAUGUCUCCAUAAGUAAUUCCUAGCCUUCCUAGCUUUACAUAUUUUUUGCGUAUUUCAUUUUGUACCUUGUUCAAAGUUUAAGGUCUGACCUUUCUCCUUUUACUAUUAGUUUAAAAAAAAUGUACACAUCUGUAUAAUGUAUGUCCUGACUUUCUUUGAGGUGUACACAUUUAUUUAAAAAAUGCCUUAAUGGUUUUUCCCUGCUGUUGUAAAUAUCACCAAUAGUUUCUUGGCCCACAUUUGUAGUUGUCAUGUAUGAAGGGAUUAGAUGUGUCUGUGUCUGGACACAGCGUUAUGAUAUGACAUGUGAUUGCUACAACCGACUGCUCUGAAGUUGUAGUGCACUACUGCAUCAGGGAUUAUUAUGGCAGGGAAGUCAGGGCAGAAGAAAAUGUUGCUUUUCAAAAAACAUAUUCCACUGUAUUUACCUGUUUAUUUAAAUCUUAAUCUGUCAAAGUCUUGGUUAAAUUAUCUUUCUUUGAUAUUUUUCAGACUGCAGAAAACCAGUUAUAAAGAUGAGUGUGCCAACAUAUUACUAUUUGAAAUGUAAAGAAAGAUUGAUUGUGUCAUAGUGACAGUUUAGAGAAUAUUUUAUUAUCUGUCAGGCAAGAUCAAUGCUAUGUCUCGAUUUGCAUACUUCUGUACUAUUUAGAGUUCAUAAGUGUGUCUUCAAAAAGAAUUGCAAGAUCCACACUCUAUGACCACCAUCUUAGCAUGGGUAACAGACAUUUCAGGAACAGCCGUGAUUGUUUUUGCUCUGGUUAAUGAAGCACUAUACAAAUACAAGUUAAUUAUUGGGUUUUCUUCACAAUUUGAAAGACGUACAACUAUAUUUGUAUCGAAAAAGAAGCCAACAUACAUUUUAUUGGGUUAAUUGAGUAGUUUGUAAUGAUUUGCUACCUCGAUCAUCUAGCUAGCGAAGAUUGUUAUCAUCACUUCCGGCACAGCAGAAAUUCACGCACUGCCCAAGUUUUCACAUUCUAGGAAAUUCAGUGUACCGAUGGAAGUAUCCAAAUUGAAACGCAGCUGAAGUAUUUCUCUAUACCCUUGCUUUGAUUGCUUUGUUGUCAAGAUUUUCACAACUGUAUUUUCAGUGGGUUUUUUUUCUUGAUUGCAUUUUUUCUCUAUAAUGCACAUUAUCAAACCCUUUCUGAUGUUGCAACAAAGUCUCACGGCAUUUCGUGUUUUAGUCACAAAAUUAAUCUAUUGAUUUGUGUUCACCAACACGAUUUCGC